GAAUUGAGUUGAAUUUUGAAAAACAGUUACUGACAGCCUCAGCGCUCGUUACACACGUGGGAAGUUAUGAAAUAAUCAGCUAGUUUUAGUACUGUAUUCGUUGAUAGGAAUGAAAUAGAUCAACGCAGUAUUUCCGGCUAUUUUAUUACGUAAAAUUCUUUCGACAAGAGAAGAAAACAGACCGUCAAUUUCCUUGUUUACUGUUGUUUUUGUAGUUCCUUUAUUUAGUCUGAGCUUUCAUUUAGCACAGUUAAUAUAUCUGAGAGGGAAAAUCAAGAUUUGCCAUGAGCGCAAAUCUUCUAGGAUGAAUUUAAAUGUUUCGUGCCGAAAAACAGAUUUAAGAAUUAAUCCAAAUUAGUGUGUGUUUUUUUAAGUUUUAAAGAGCUUAAAAAGUUGGCUUUAUCCUUGAAACGAAAUAUGCAGCAAGGUGAAUACUCAAGAUGGAAAUUACGGACUCCUAUGGAAGGUAGAUUUCAAAUUAUUAUUCUCCAAAUUGCUAUCGUGGCUGUUGGCUUGCUACCCGUAGUUAAAUUAGCUAUCAAACAAGAAGAGAAGGAGCUUUCAUCGAAGGAAAUAGAAGAUAUAUUGAGGGAUGACUACAUCAUUCCGGACGUAAUUUAUAAAGUGCCAAAACAUAGAUUGAAGGUACAUUUUGAAGAGGACGGAGAUAUUUACCACAUCAACUACGGUACUGUUUUGACACCGCGACAAGCAAGGCAUCAGCCAAAAGUUCAGUGGCCUGUCGAAAAGGACGCCGAAUAUACACUUUUAUGUCUCAGUCCCGAUCAGCCAGAUCGCGAGGAACCCAUUCUCCGAGAUUGGAUCCAUUGGCAACAGGUCAACAUCAAAGGCUGCAACUUAUCAACGGGGAAUGAAGUAAAUGAAUAUAUUGGUCCAGGACCUAGUGAAGUAUCCGGUAUGCAACGGUAUGUUUUCCUCGUGUAUAAGCAGGAUCCGAACUUUGCCAUUCAGCUCAAUAGGUCAGAUAAAAGCGAAGGAAUGAGGAUGUUGACAAAACGGAUGGAAUUCGAUACAGACAAUUUCGUCAAGCACUUCCAUCUUGGCGAUCCAUGGGCAUCAAAUUACUUCUACUCCAAGUUUAACAACUAUCAAUGAUUACGACGUGCUGUGCCAUUGAGCAGUGACGCAACUCCGAACAAGACGAGGUCGAUGAUUGGCAAAGAUUUUCUCCGGUUCAAAAAUGUUGAAUUGGUUUUAAUUAUUCGUUGCACUGAGCAGGACGCACUUACAUCAUCUGAUGCAACAAUUGUUAAGUGUAAGUUUUUUUCCAAAUAAAAAUUUCAAAUAAUCUUUUAA